GUGCAGUACACGAGCAGCAGCGUGCGGCCCGCCGCGCGCCGCGACCGCGACACCUGGGCCAAGAAGAUCGACUUCCUGCUCUCCGUCAUCGGCUUCGCCGUGGACCUCGCCAACGUGUGGAGGUUCCCCUACCUGUGCUACAAGAAUGGAGGGGGUGCCUUCCUCAUUCCCUAUAUCCUCUUCCUGAUCAUUGCGGGAAUGCCCCUGUUCUACAUGGAGCUGGCGCUGGGGCAGUACAACCGAGAAGGGGCCGCCACGGUGUGGAAGAUCUGCCCCGUCUUCAAAGGUGUAGGCUACGCAGUGAUACUCAUAGCUCUUUACGUGGGUUUCUACUACAACGUUAUCAUAGCCUGGUCCCUGUAUUACCUGUUCUCAUCGUUCACCUUCGAGCUCCCCUGGACCAACUGCGGCAACAGCUGGAACAGCCCCAACUGCACAGACCCCAAGCUCUUCAACGCCUCGGUGCUCGGCAAUGGCACCAAGUACUCCAAGUACAAGCUCACGCCAGCGGCCGAGUUUUACGAGCGAGGCGUCCUGCACCUGCACGAGAGCCGCGGCAUCCACGACCUGGGCCUGCCGCGCUGGCAGCUCUCCCUCUGCCUCUUGGUGGUCGUCAUCAUCCUGUUCUUUAGUCUGUGGAAAGGCGUCAAGACGUCAGGAAAGGUUGUGUGGAUAACAGCAACUUUGCCCUACGUCGUGUUAUUUGUCUUGUUAAUACACGGCAUAACCUUGCCSGGUGCCUACAACGGAAUAAGCGCGUACCUGCACAUAGACUUCAGAAGGCUAAAAGAGGCCACGGUCUGGAUUGAUGCAGCCACUCAAAUAUUUUACUCCCUAGGAGCUGGGUUUGGAGUUUUAAUUGCAUUUGCCAGUUACAAUAAGUUUGACAACAACUGCUACAGGGAUGCUUUGCUGACUAGUACCAUUAACUGUGUCACAAGCUUCAUCUCAGGAUUCGCAAUUUUCUCCAUAUUGGGCUACAUGGCUCACGAGCACAAAGUUAAAAUUGAGGAUGUAGCCACUGAAGGAGCUGGUUUAGUUUUCAUCCUUUAUCCAGAGGCAAUUUCAACACUUUCAGGAUCUACAUUUUGGGCAGUGGUAUUCUUCAUCAUGCUCCUUACUCUUGGCAUCGACAGUUCUAUGGGCGGCAUGGAGGCCGUCAUCACCGGCCUAGCAGACGAUUUCCAAGUUCUCAAGCAGCACAGAAAGCUCUUCACCUUCGGUGUUUCCUUUGGCACUUUCCUACUCGCCCUUCUUUGUAUCACCAAUGGUGGAAUUUAUGUGCUCACACUUCUGGACACAUUUGCAGCUGGGACGUCUAUAUUGUUUGCUGUUUUAAUGGAAGCAAUUGGAGUUUCCUGGUUUUAUGGUGUGGACAGGUUCAGUGAAGACAUCCAACAGAUGAUGGGCUUCAAGCCAGGCCUCUACUGGAGAUUGUGCUGGAAAUUUGUGAGCCCUGCCUUUUUGCUGUUCGUCGUGAUAGUCAGCAUAAUAAAUUUCAAGCCUCUGACAUACGAUGACUACACCUUCCCUCUCUGGGCGAACCGCAUCGGCUGGGGAAUAGCCUUAUCUUCAAUGAUCUUCGUGCCCGCCUGCAUUAUCUAUAAAUUUAUGAAUGCACGUGGGACCUUUAAAGAAAGGCUAGCUUACUGCAUCACCCCGGAGAACGAGCAGCACCUCGUGGCUCAAGGCAGYGUCAGGCAGUUCAAGCUUCAACACUGGCUAGCAAUAUGA